AUGACGUCCGUCUACAGCCCCGGGUCGCCCAUCUUCCUACCCAACGGCGCGCGAAUCUUCAACCGCCUCGUCGACUUUCUCCGCCGGCAAUACGUCAGCUAUGGCUUCGAGGAGGUCAUCACGCCCAACAUCUACAAGAAGUCUCUGUGGGAGGUGUCGGGCCACCUGCAAAACUACGCCGACGACAUGUACACCGUGACGAGUCGCGCGCGCCAGCCCGAAGCGACGAGCAGCCAGCCCGAAGCGUCGAGCUGCUGUGGCGACGGCGGCCGGCUCGCCGAGGGCGAGACGACGACUACGGCCUCAAGCCGAUGA